AAUACGCAACAUAUUUUCGUAGACCAUCUAUCCUUUCUGCAUUCUUGUGAAAAAUUACAAAAGUUUUUAAAUUUCAUCGAAUUGACGAGGCUGUUAAACUAAAAUCAUGAAAUUAUCGGAAUCAAUAUAAUUCAGUAAAAAGGCAUAUUUUAUUCAAUUAUCAAGACAAAAUGAAUAAAUACGAAAUUCAAAGGAAAAUUGGCGAAGGUUCAUUUGGCAAAGCUUUGUUAGUUAGAUCAAAAGCUAAUGGGAAGCAAUAUGUUAUUAAAGAAGUUAAUAUGACUCGGAUGGAUAAAAAAGCUAGAGAUGAAGCUAGAAAAGAAGUUUCUGUUUUGGCCCAACUCAACCACCCCAACGUAGUAACGUACCGGGAAUCCUUUGAAGGUCUUAAUCCGUGUAUUUUAUUAGCUAAAAUACAAUUCGAGAGAUUAUGCAUUGUCAUGGAUUUUUGUGAUGGUGGAGAUUUAUACUCGAAAAUAAAUGCUCAAAGGGGUAUACUCUUCCCUGAAGAACAAAUUCUUGAUUGGUUUGUUCAAAUAUGUCUAUCGGUUAAACACAUUCAUGACAGGAAAAUUCUGCAUAGGGAUAUAAAAUCUCAGAACAUUUUCCUUACAAGGAAUGGUAUAGUUAAAUUGGGUGAUUUUGGAAUUGCUAAAGUACUAAAUUCUACUGUUGAGUUAGCUAAAACUUGCAUUGGAACACCUUAUUAUUUAUCUCCUGAAAUAGUUGAAAAUAAACCGUAUAAUAAUAAAUCUGAUGUUUGGUCUCUUGGCUGCGUUCUAUACGAAUUGACAACUUUGAAGCAUGCAUUUGAAGCCGGAAAUAUGAAACUACUAAUCAUGAAAAUUAGUAGAGGCAGCUAUAAUCCUCCACCUCCACGGUAUACAGCUGAUUUAAGAUUAUUAAUAGCCUCGACCUUGAAAAGAAGUCCAGGUGAUCGUCCGUCCAUAAAUGCCAUUUUAAAAAAGCCUUUACUUCAAAAGAGGAUUGUUAACUUUCUUAGUCACUCGGAAUAUCUCGACGAAUUUAGUCACACUGUAAUGCAUGGAGUAAAAGUUAAGAAGAACUUGAUGCCAAUAGAUGGAGUAGUCAAACCGUCACCAAUAAAAGCUCCUCCUAGACCGUCAUCUGCAGCUCGAAAAACUCCGGCACCAUCUCCAAGAUAUAAUCCAGCAUCAGCCUAUGCACCGAAGAGAAACAAGACACCAGUACCAACACCCCUGAAGCGACCGUCUUCAGCACAGAAUAGACAACACCUGUUAGAUCUAGAAAAGAGAAAACAAGAAUUGGAAAGUGGAAGAAGAAGAGACGAAAGAAAAAGGGAGGCACUUAGAAAACAAAGGGAAUUUGCUGAUAAGGAAAAAGUAGCCAGGAUGAAUAAAGCACGAGAAGCUGGUUGGAAAAGUAUUUUGGAAGGAGAAGAUAGGAAGCAAGCGCCAUCUCCAUCUCCUGCACCUGCCAAAUUUCCCGUUGCGGCUGGAGAUAAUCGACAAUCCCCCAAUCCGCAUAAGGAAGUCAUUUUAGGAAAUUAUGACAAGUAUUACGAAUGGUUAAAUAAAUUUAACAAAAACAAAGUCGUUAAAGCUUCACCUGAAGACCCAAUAGCUAGAGCAAGAAACGCAGCAAAACAAGGAGAAGUUGCUGCUUCGGCGGCGAAAGUUUUGUCUGAAUUUCAACAAAGACAAAACGAGUAUUUAAAGAAUAAAAAUAGAGCCAGAGCUGAUAUUUAUGGGAUGGGAAGACCUCCCAGUGGAGCUAGGAAUAAUGAAGAAAGAUUCAAAGCCGAUUUACAACAUUAUCGUGAUAAAAAUUCAGUAGAUAAAAGAGGACAGGAUCAACUAGCCUUCGAUAAGAAAAUAGAAAAUUUAAGAGCAGAACAGCAAAAAUUAAUUGAGCAAAGAGCUAAACUACGUCAAAAAGAAUUGGAGAGAAGGAGAAAGGAAAUCGAAGAGAUUGAAAAACAGAGAUUAGCUAUAAAACCUAAAUUAAAUGAAGGACCACCAAUUACGGCUGCUAUGCAUGCUAUUGGAGCAAUGCCCAGUAAACAAGAAACUCAUGGCUUAACGGCUGCUAUGGAAGCUAUAGGAGUCGAUGAUGAAAAAACGAGAAAACUGCAAAAGAAACAAAUUUUAAAGAAGCUAAAUGAGAAAAAGUGGGAAGAACCAGUUGAUUUAAAAGAAUUAGCAGAUAAAAGCCUAGAAAAGCAAACUGCUCUCUUGGAAGAACAUAAAAAAUGGGACAAACCUGUUGACUUGAAAGAAUUAGCAGAAAAAAGUUUAGAAAAACAAACUGUUGCAUUAGAAACACCAUUGGAUGACAAAGGUGAUAACAAUCAAGAUGAGAGCGAUCGAAAAAAAUGGGGACCAAGAUCUGAAUCCGUAUUAAAGAAAUUAGAAAACGAGGAAAUUAAAAAUGAUAGAGAACAAUGGGAUUCAAGACCUGGAUCGGUUUUGAGCUAUCUUUGUAAUGCUCCACUUGAAAAAGGAAAUCAGCCUAACAAAACAGUUACUAUUCAGAAGGACAGUGAAGGUUUAAUUGAUAAAGUUGACUUAAAUGAAGAUGAUAAGGCUGACGACGAGGAAGAUGUCGUCAAUAGUCUGGCGACGGGAAAAUUUGAUGUUAGCGCUAAACUAUUGAAAACUUGUUCCUGUCCAGAUCUGGGUGAGCUGUUUACUAGAACAUUAGAAGAUAAAGAUAUCAAACAGGCCGGUAAUGAAAAAGUUGGAUCUGUCUCGAAAAGUUUGGAAGAUUUAGAUGAUGAAAUCGGUGAAGACGCUGAAGAUAAUGAAGCUAAUAAUGACGAUGAUGAAGAAGAAGCUAAAACUUCUGAUACAUCAGGCUUGGAUACAACACUCACCUCUGAUAAAGAAGGGGAAGACAAUGACGAAAAUAGCGAUGAUGAAGAUAUUCGAAGCGUUCGGGACAGUUAUGCAAGCGUAUUGAAUACAGAUGACGCCGAGCCAAUAACGUCCAGAAGUGAAAAAAGGAAGAAGAAGAAGAAGCGUAAACCCGUUGUUCGCAAAUCGUUAGACGAGGAAAUGAAACAAUUUCAAGAAAAUAUGGCUACUGUCUUUUUUACGUUAACUAGAGAAGGCGAUGAUUUAGCUAUAGACAAAAACGCAAACAAUGAAGAAGAUGAUGAUGAUGAUGAGUUUUUCGAAGAUGCAUUAGCAUCAAAUCCUAAUGAUACAUUUAGCAGAAUUGAAGAAUUAAGAAUAGAGUUAGAACAAGAAAUAGGAGAGGAGAAAUUUUGUCAAGUGUAUGGAGAUAUUCGUCAUCUUCAUGAUGGAAAAGACGAAAAUUUUGAACCAACCGAAGACGAAAUUAAGAAAAUUGUAGGCGAAAAAGAGUUAUAUAGUAGGGUUUUAAGUUUACUAUAUGCAGAAGGAGCUUUUACACACAAUUGA